AUGUCCAGGACCACUUCAUCUGACUAUGACACUAUGGGAGAUAUUGGAUACUUAUCAUCACAGCUUCACGCACCUCACCUCCAGAAUGGCCUAAUGAGAGACUGCAUUGGGACUGAAAAGCGAGAGAGACGCCACUGUGUGAUGCGCUGCUUCAUCCCCAUCAUGCCCGUUUGGUUUUCCGCUUUCACACUCCUGUCUAAUUUCACGGUAAAGGAUAGCAAUGCUGCGUGUGGUCUUGUUGUUAACAUCGCUGUUGUUGAACCAAUGGACCAAAGUUGA